GAGGAAUUUUUCCAGAUUGUUUUGAUUCUUGAUUUAAUGGCUAUACAUGGGAGAGUUAGGGCUUGAUGUUUCGAGUAUGUUGCUCGCCUUCCCCCGGAACAUUUGCUAGAUGCGUAAUUGAAGUGUUUAUCACAUUGUAACAAAUGUUUAAGCCUGCACCGCUAUGCGGUGUUAGAACAUUAUGCACAACCUUUUACUGGGAACAUUGUCACCUUUUUGCAGAGGUUGUAACUUCUCCGUUUUUUGCAUACAUAUGUUUGUGGAUUCUUCUGUGGGAUCAGAGGGCACGCCUAUUGUAAUCAGAAAACUCCAAGUAUAGCAGCAGGGAUGGAUGAACAGGCUCUUUUAGGGCUAAAUCCAAAUGCUGAUUCAGACUUCAGGCAAAGGGCCCUGGCCUAUUUUGAGCAGUUAAAGAUUUCCCCAGAUGCCUGGCAAGUGUGUGCAGAAGCUCUGGCCCAGAGGACGUACAGUGAUGAUCACAUUAAAUUUUUCUGCUUUCAAGUACUAGAACAUCAAGUUAAAUACAAAUAUUCAGAACUAACUACUGUUCAACAACAACUGAUUAGGGAGACACUCAUAUCUUGGCUUCAAGCUCAGAUGCUGAAUCCCCAACCAGAGAAGACCUUUAUACGAAAUAAAGCAGCCCAAGUCUUCGCCUUGCUUUUUGUUACAGAAUAUCUCACUAAAUGGCCCAAGUUUUUUUUUGACAUUCUCUCAGUAGUGGACCUAAAUCCAAGGGGAGUAGAUCUGUACCUCCGAAUUCUCAUGGCUAUUGAUUCAGAGUUGGUGGAUCGUGAUGUGGUGCAUACAUCAGAGGAGGCUCGUAGGAAUACUCUCAUAAAAGAUACCAUGAGGGAACAGUGCAUUCCAAACUUGGUGGAAUCAUGGUACCAAAUCCUACAAAACUAUCAGUAUACUAAUUCAGAAGUAACAUGUCAGUGCCUUGAAGUAGUUGGGGCUUAUGUCUCUUGGAUAGACUUAUCCCUUAUAGCCAAUGAUAGGUUUAUAAAUAUGCUGCUAGGUCAUAUGUCAAUAGAAGUUCUACGGGAAGAAGCAUGUGAUUGUUUAUUUGAAAUUGUAAAUAAAGGAAUGGAUCCUGUUGAUAAAAUGAAACUAGUAGAAUCUUUGUGUCGAGUAUUACAGUCUGCUGGGUUUUUCAGCAUUGACCAGGAAGAAGAUGUUGACUUCCUGGCCAGAUUUUCUAAACUGGUAAAUGGAAUGGGACAGUCAUUGAUAGUUAGCUGGACUAAAUUAAUUAAGAAUGGGGAUAUCAAGAAUGCUCAAGAGGCACUACAAGCUAUUGAAACAAAGGUGGCACUGAUGUUGCAGCUCCUAGUUCAUGAGGAUGAUGACAUCUCUUCUAACAUUAUUGGAUUUUGUUAUGAUUAUCUUCAUAUUUUGAAACAGCUUACAGUGCUCUCUGAUCAGCAAAAAGCUAAUGUAGAGGCAAUCAUGUUGGCCGUUAUGAAAAAAUUAACCUAUGAUGAAGAAUAUAACUUUGAAAAUGAGGGUGAAGACGAAGCCAUGUUUGUAGAAUACAGAAAACAACUGAAGUUAUUGUUGGACAGGCUUGCUCAAGUUUCACCCGAGUUACUGCUGGCUUCUGUUCGCAGAGUUUUUAGUUCUACCCUGCAGAAUUGGCAGACUACAAGGUUUAUGGAAGUUGAAGUGGCAAUAAGAUUGCUGUAUAUGUUGGCAGAAGCUCUUCCAGUAUCUCAUGGUGCUCACUUCUCAGGUGAUGUUUCAAAAGCUAGUGCUUUGCAGGAUAUGAUGCGAACUUUGGUAACAUCAGGAGUUAGUUCCUACCAGCACACAUCUGUGACAUUGGAGUUCUUCGAAACUGUUGUUAGAUAUGAAAAGUUUUUCACAGUUGAACCUCAACACAUUCCAUGUGUACUAAUGGCUUUCUUAGAUCACAGGGGUCUGCGGCACUCUAGUGCAAAAGUACGGAGCAGAACUGCUUACCUGUUUUCUAGAUUUGUCAAAUCUCUGAAUAAACAAAUGAAUCCUUUCAUUGAGGAUAUUCUGAAUAGAAUACAAGAUUUAUUAGAACUUUCUCCACCUGAGAAUGGUUACCAGUCUUUGUUGAGCAGCGAUGAUCAAUUGUUUAUUUAUGAGACAGCUGGAGUGCUGAUUGUUAAUAGUGAGUACCCAGCAGAACGGAAGCAGGCAUUAAUGAGGAAUCUGUUGACUCCACUCAUGGAGAAGUUUAAAAUUCUGUUAGAAAAAUUGAUGCUGGCGCAGGACGAAGAAAGGCAGGCAUCUCUUGCAGACUGUCUCAACCACGCUGUUGGAUUUGCCAGUCGAACCAGCAAAGCUUUCAGCAACAAGCAGACUGUGAAACAGUGUGGCUGUUCCGAAGUUUAUCUGGACUGUUUACAGACGUUCUUGCCAGCCCUCAGUUGUCCCUUACAAAAGGAUAUUCUCAGAAGUGGGGUUCGCACGUUCCUUCAUCGCAUGAUUAUUUGCCUGGAGGAAGAAGUCCUUCCGUUCAUUCCAUCUGCUUCAGAACACAUGCUCAAAGAUUGUGAAGCAAAAGACCUCCAGGAAUUCAUUCCUCUUAUCAACCAGAUUACAGCCAAAUUUAAGAUACAGGUAUCCCCAUUUUUACAACAAAUGUUUAUGCCUCUUCUUCAUGCAAUUUUUGAAGUUUUGCUCCGACCAGCAGAAGAAAACGACCAGUCUGCUGCUUUAGAGAAGCAGAUGUUGCGCAGGAGUUACUUUGCUUUCCUGCAAACAGUCACAGGCAGUGGAAUGAGCGAAGUCAUAGCAAAUCAAGGUGCAGAGAAUGUAGAACGAGUGUUGGUAACUGUUAUUCAAGGAGCAGUCGAAUAUCCAGAUCCAAUUGCCCAGAAAACGUGUUUUAUCAUCCUUUCCAAGUUGGUAGAACUCUGGGGAGGUAAAGACGGACCAGUGGGAUUUGCUGAUUUUGUUUAUAAGCACAUUGUUCCCGCAUGUUUCUUAGCACCUUUAAAACAAACCUUUGACCUGGCAGAUGCACAAACAGUAUUGGCUUUAUCUGAGUGUGCAGUGACGCUGAAAACAAUUCAUCUCAAACGGACCUUGAAACAAAUGUACAUUCAUCGGGCUGACCAGGAGGAGCUGGCACUCUGGGCAAAGUUAUGCGGGCCCAGAAUGUGUUCAGUAUCUUCAACAAGAAUACCUGCCUUCCUUGCAAGUAGCUCCAGAGAUAAUUCAGGAGUUUUGCCAAGCGCUUCAGCAGCCUGAUGCUAAAGUUUUUAAAAACUACUUAAAGGUGUUUUUCCAGAGAGCAAAGCCCUAAGGACUGGAUCUCCCUGUGCCUACUUCAUGAUCAGGAAUUCCAGUUAAUAAUUUAUAAAGAAACAAUUGUUGUGUGCCAUUCACACUGGUCUUUUUAACACUGCUUUGAGCUUAUUGCAGUAUAUGCAUUGGGAUUUUUCUGUAAAAUGGGUGUAAUUUUCCCUAAAUUACUGGUAUGUGACAACUAGAGAAGUUGCUUGCAUGCCAAUUCAAAUCGUUCUAUAUAAAAAUGCUGUUAUAAGAUACAGCAGUUAUCCUAGUACCUUUUUUUUUUAACUUGAAAAUUUAAGUCCUUUAUAAAGACCAUAGCAGGAAAACAGUGUACGUUUUUUUUAAUUGCUGAAUAUAAAAUGUUUGAAAAUUUUAAUUUUCUUUUAUGUGUGCAGACUCAUCAAAUAUGGGGGAAAUACAACAAAUCAAAACUAAUUUUUUGUAGAUAGCCAUUACAUUUCUUUAAACCGUUUCAAUGCCAAUGUGUAUUCUACAAAAGAGAAUGGUUUCAUAAAUUAACUGAUUGAAGAGUAGGUGCUGGUGUUAUACAUUUUUUAUAAAAAAAAGGAAAUAAAUUUUACGUAGUGAAAUCUA